AAUUUAUUUAUUUAUUUAUUUAAUUUAUUCUCAAGUAACCUACCCUUACUCUACAAUUAAAACUAACCCUAAUUUAUUUGCCCGAGUUUAUUAUAAAAAAUCGAAAAGUUUACCAGCCUGCGUUUUUCAUUGGUGUCUUUUUUGUGUGUGUGGUGCGCAGAUUCUCCUUUCACGACGCAGUUCUACCGAGGUACUCGAUAUUAAGUUAUUUAUUCUACCCUUACAUUACGAGAUAACUUUGCACAUCGCAUCUCCAAUCAGUUUUAUUCCCGUGUGGUCAAACUCACUCAACCGGAAAAAUUACCCCUCCCCCUUUUCCUAGCCUUGCAGUGCGACCGUGCGUCUGAGACAUAACCUGUAAGUUAACUCGCCUGCACUGGCGCGUGAAAAUCCUGGAGUAUUUCGGGGAGCGAUCGUGAGAGCGCGCUGGUAGUGCGGCGAACCGGUUUCAACAGGAGAUAGCGCCAGCGUCGGCAUGGCGGAGACCGGCGUGAUGCUCAUGCCACAGGUGGGCAGUGCGGUGCCGAACCUGGACGAGGAUAUGGCGGCCGCGGAGCGCGAGCUCGCGGAGGACGCGCAGUGGAAACGGAUCCAACAGAACACGUUCACGCGGUGGGCCAACGAGCACCUGAAGACGGUCCAGAAGAACAUCGGGAACCUGGAGACGGACCUCAGCGACGGGCUGAGGCUCAUCACGCUCAUCGAGGUCUUGUCCGGCAAGCGGCUCCCCAAACACAACAAACGCCCCACUUUCCGCUCGCAAAAGUUGGAGAACGUGUCCGUCGCCCUCAAGUUCUUGGCAGACGAAGGGAUCAAGAUCGUCAAUAUCGAUUCCAGUGAUAUCGUAGAUUGUAAAUUGAAACUAAUUCUUGGAUUAAUAUGGACUUUAAUUCUGCACUACUCUAUAUCAAUGCCCAUGUGGGAUGGAGAAGAAAUUGUACAAAAUGGCGACAGGAAUCACGGACCUACACCAAAACAAAGGUUGCUUGGUUGGAUUCAAAGCAAAAUUCCAGAUCUUCCUAUCACAAACUUCACAAACGACUGGAACGAUGGACGAGCAGUUGGAGCUCUGGUUGAUGCUGUGGCCCCAGGUUUAUGUCCUGAUUGGCAAGACUGGAGUCCGGAAGAUGCUUUACAAAACGCCAAGGAGGCUAUGGAUUUGGCCGAUAAUUGGCUGGAUGUCAAACAGCUAAUCAAACCUGAAGAAUUAGUCAACCCUAACAUGGAUGAGCUAUCCAUGAUGACCUACCUCUCACAAUAUCCAAAUGCAAAACUGAAGGCUAAUGCUCCACUUAGGCCACGAACUAACCCUAACCGAGUUAGAGCAUAUGGUCCUGGAAUUCAACCAACAGGACCAGUUGUAGGAGCCCCAGCUGUAUUCACAGUCGAGACAUUCUCUGCAGGCAAAGGGUCUGUGCAAGUAGCUGUAACUAAUCCUAAAGGAAAAUUAGAACCAGUUGAUAUCAAAUAUAAUAAUGAUAGGAAUCAAACGUAUACUGUUUCUUAUACGCCAAAAUUAGAAGGACCUCACAAGGUUCAAGUUAAGUUUGCAGAAAAAGAAAUUCCAAAAUCACCGUUUGCAGUCUUAGUCGAAGGCCAUGUUGGAGACCCCACCAAAGUAACAGCUUCUGGUCCUGGAUUGUUACCAGAAGGCAACAUUAUCAACAAACCCACUUACUUUGAUAUCUCAACAAAAGAUGCUGGAACUGGCACUCCAGAAGUUGUCAUUGUCGAUGCUGCUGGCAAAAACUCGGUACCUGUAAAACUAAAGCAAACCUCAACUGAAACAUGGAGGUGUGAGUAUGUAGCUUCAACCCUGGGCGUCCACACAAUAAAUAUAUUUUUUGCUGGUCUACCUAUACCAUCUAGUCCAUAUGGCGUCAGAAUUUCACCCGCCUCUGAUGCAAAGAAAGUUAGAGCGUAUGGAAGAGGAUUACAACCAACUGGAGUGCGUGUCAAAGAUGAAGCUGAUUUCAGGAUAGUCACGGAAGGAGCUGGAGAAGGCAAACCUGAGGUUCAAAUUAUCGGACCUGGUGGAGUCAAAGAGCCAUUCAAAUUCACGGAAGUAGACAAGCAUAACUACAAUGUGGUUUAUUUCCCACGCAAGGAAGGACGAUAUGUGAUAAUGAUCACUUAUGGUGGUACGGAAAUUGGCAAAUCACCGUUUGAAGUGAAUGUUGGUCCGUACAAAGAGACACAAAUCCGAGCUUACGGUCCAGGACUUGUUGGAGGUGUUGUUGCGUACCCUGCUUUGUUCACUGUUGAAACCAAUGGUGAAACUGGUGCUCUAGGUUUUAGUAUUGAAGGACCAUCACAAGCCAAAAUCGACUGUCACGACAACGGUGAUGGCUCUGCUGAUGUUAGGUAUUAUCCAACUGCGCCCGGAGAAUACGCAGUUCACAUUCUUUGUGAUAAUGAAGACAUUCCAAAAUCACCUUAUGUAGCUCAAAUUUUACCAAACACUGACUACUACCCUGAUAAAGUGGAAGUUCAUGGUAAAGGUGUUUCGAAAACUGGAGUCAUUAAGGGGAAGCCAACAGACUUCACUGUUGACACCAGAAAAGCUGGCUCUGCGCCUUUAGAUGUUCAGGUCUUAGAUGCUAAUAGUAAUAAUAUUGAUGUAAAUAUUAAGGACAACAAGAAUGGCACUUACACUUGCUCCUACUUACCAAGGUCUGGCUCAAAACACACUGUUCUGGUGAACUAUGGAGGCGUUGCCGUCCCAAAAAGUCCAUUCCGCAUCUCUGUUGCACAACCGUUGGAUGCCUCUAAAGUUGAAAUAUUUGGGCCUGGAAUUGGGAAUGAUGUAAAAUCAAACACUCCCACCCAUUUCAAUAUUGACUGUAAAGAAGCAGGAACAGGAGACCUGAAAGUUAGUCUGAAGAACAACAAGGGUGUUGAGUUACCAGUCCGUGUGACGGACAACGAAGACAAUACUUACACCGUAGAUUAUUCAGCUCCCUCUGCUGGGCCGCACACUAUCACCUGCACAUACGGUGGCCAGGCAGUCCCUCAAAGUCCCAUCAAAGUCCAGGUUCAUCCUCACAUAGACAUUUCCAAGGUCAAAGUUGAAGGCCUCGAACCAACUGCGAUCAUCAACAGUUUACAGCAGUUUAGAAUCCAAACCCUGGGAGCUGGGAAAGCUGAACUUUCAGUGGCAAUUACGAGCCCCUCAGGCAACAAAAUUCAAGCUCACAUCAUUCCUACCCAUGAAGGGUACCUCGCAAAUUUCAUGCCAACGGAACUAGGCGAAUACUUGCUGAAUAUCUCGUACGGUGGAGAACCGAUCUCCCGAGUUCCGUUCAGAAUGAUCAGUACCUACGGGAACAACCCAGAAUAUGUAAAAGCUUUUGGACCAGGUUUGGAACAAGGAAUUGUUGACAAACCAGCAGACUUCGUGAUUGAUACAAGAGGCGCAGGCCAGGGUGGUCUGGGUGUCACUGUUGAGGGUCCUUGUGAAGCUGCCAUCAACUGCCGUGACAAUGGAGAUGGAACAUGUUCGGUCUCCUAUCUUCCAACAGAGAUUGGAGACUACAGUAUCAAUAUUACGUUCAACGAUGAGCAUAUUCCUGGUUCACCAUUCCAAGCCUUCAUUUACCCAGCUACAGACCUGUCUGAAGUGAAAGUCUUCGGCAAUGGAAUUCAACCUCAUGGUGUUUAUGUAGACUCACCAACCGAUUUUACCAUUGAUUCAAGAGCUGUUGCAUCUUCUGUUCCUCCUAAAAUUGAUGUUAAAAUCACGAACCCAUCUGGCAAAAAUACUGAAAGUCAUGUGCUUCCUCAGGCAGAUGGAACAUUUAAAAUCAACUAUACACCUUUCGAGGAAGGUAAGCAUAACAUCGAUGUGACGUAUGAUGGUAUUCCUCUGCCUGGUGCUCCAUUCAACGUCAGUGUCAAGGCAGGAUGUGACGCUAAAAAAUGCAAGGCAUUUGGACCAGGUCUCGACAGGGGUUUGGUGGAUAAGCCUAAUUCAUUCACAGUAGAGACCAAAGGUGCUGGCACUGGAGGACUCGGACUGGCCAUUGAGGGUCCAUCAGAGGCUAAAAUGACAUGCAAAGACAACCGAGAUGGAUCAUGUUCUGUUGAAUACAUUCCUACGGAGCCUGGAGACUAUGACGUUAGCAUCAAAUUUGCGAACCAACAUAUCCCAGGAUCUCCAUUCAAGGUUCCUGUUGGUUGCACAGUCGACUCUAAACAGGUGAAAGCUUUUGGUCCUGGAUUAAAUGCAAAUGAUGUUCGUGAAGGAGUGCCAGUUACAUUCCGGAUUGAUACCACAAAAGCUGGGAAAGCUCCUCUUGAUGUCACUAUCACAAGUAAUGGAGUGCCUCUUCCUGAGAAACCAGUCAUCCAAGAUAACAAAAACGGAACUUAUGAUGUAACUUAUGUGCCAAACAAAGAGGGAGCCAAUCUCACAACAAAUGUAAAAUAUGACAACAAACCCAUUCCAAAAAGUCCAUUCAGCUUUAAGGUGAAGCCAAAAGUUGAGCCAGACAAGGUGAAAAUCAGUGGUCCAGGUGUGACUGGUCCAGGCGUGCCUGCGUCUUUGCCUACAGAUUUCAACAUCGACACAACUCAAGCUGGUUUUGGGGAUCUCGAAGUUAAAGUUGUGGGCCCUGAUGGAUACCCAAGAAAAGUCUCUGUCAGUGACAAAGGUGAUGGUCUCUUCAAAGGUACCUUCACUCCAGACGACUGUGGCCGCUACAAAAUCAUCACUAAGUAUGGUGGGAAAGAAACUUCUCCUGUGCCUGUCACCAUCCAAUCCAUUGCAACUGGAAAUGCUGACAAGUGCAGAAUUGCCAAUCCGAUCAAAAAAUCUGUGCCAGUAAAUGAAGAGCAGCAUAUCAAAGUGAACGCUAGUCAAGCAGGAAAAGGAAAGGUGACUGGAAGAGUUAGAUCAACCUCUGGCAGUGAAGUGGACACAACGGUCCGUGAGACGCCCAGCGGUGACUAUGACGUGACUUUCAAGCCCACUAAAGAGGGAGACUACACCCUUAACUUGAAGUAUGGCGGACAAACCAUCCCAGAAGGAUUCACCACGUUCAAGCUGGUGACGAUUCGUCAGUCAACACAAUCAACACAACCAACUCCUCAAAUCAAGUGAAUCAAUACGGCAAUCAAUACGACGACAACAGUCAAUUCAUCAAGUCGGAAAGCUACAGUCUAAGCUCCUCUAGCACUGUUCACAGGCGCGAGCAGUUCACGCAACAAUACCGCCCAGUCGAGCUCACUAGCAUCCCUCUUCCCACGACUGGAGGACAAGUCACAGCUGAAGUUAAGAUGCCGUCGGGGAAAGUGGACAAACCAGUUAUCGAAGACAACCGAGAUGGAACUGUCAGCGUCAAGUACGAGCCUCGCGAGGAGGGUCUCCAUGAACUCUAUGUAAAAUAUAAUGGCGAACAUGUCCAAGGUUCUCCCUUCAAAUUCCAUGUAGAUUCAGUGAGCAGCGGUUACGUAACAGCUUAUGGCCCUGGUCUUACACACGGAGUCAGUGGCGAGCCAUCUAAUUUCACAAUUUCUACCAAGGGAGCUGGUGCAGGUGGAUUGUCUUUAGCAGUAGAAGGUCCAAGCAAAGCAGAAAUAAGCUGUCACGAUAACAAAGAUGGCACUGUUUCUGUUUCUUUCCUACCAACUGCCCCUGGUGAAUACAAAAUUUCAGUCAAGUUUGGAGACAAGCAUAUCAAAGGAAGCCCAUACAAUGCCAAAGUCACUGGUGAAGGGCGUAAGAGGAAUCAAAUCUCAGUAGGAUCAUGUAGUGAGGUCUCUUUUCCUGGAAAAGUGUCAGAUGCUGACAUUAGAUCUCUCAAUGCAUCAAUCCAAGCUCCAAGCGGAUUGGAAGAGCCUUGCUUCCUGAAAAAACUACCAAACGGCAAUUUAGGUAUCUCAUUCACACCAAGAGAAAUUGGUGAACAUGCAGUGUCAGUGAAGAAAAUGGGAAAACAUAUUGUGAACUCUCCUUUCAAAAUCAAUGUUGGUGAAAGAGAGGUGGGUGAUGCCAAAAAAGUCAAAGUUACCGGGAAUGCGCUUAAGGAAGGAAAAACUCAAACAGAAAACUUGUUCACAGUUGACACACGUAAUGCAGGUUAUGGUGGUCUUUCAUUAUCCAUUGAAGGACCCAGCAAAGCAGAAAUUCAGUGUAAAGACAAUGAAGACGGAACAUUGAAUAUCUCUUACCGACCAACAGAGCCUGGAUACUACAUUGUCAACCUGAAGUUUGCAGAUCACCAUGUUGAAGGUUCUCCGUUCACUGUUAAAGUUAAUGGUGAGGGCAGCAAUAGGCAACGAGAAAAGAUUCAGCGGCAACGGGAAGCAGUGCCAAUCACAGAAGUUGGUAGUGAAUGCAAGCUUACAUUCAAAAUGCCAGGAAUCACCGCUUUCGAUCUGUCAGCAACAGUGACAUCCCCUGGUGGAGUAACAGAAGAUGCUGUCAUCAAUGAAGUUGAAGACGGACUAUAUGCUGUACAUUUUGUGCCAAAAGAGUUAGGAGUUCAUACUGUUUCAGUCAAAUAUAAGGAAAUUCAUAUCCCAGGGUCACCAUUCCAGUUCACCGUUGGACCUCUACGAGAUGGAGGUGCUCAUAGAGUACAUGCUGGAGGCCCAGGACUAGAGCGUGGAGAGCAAGGCCAGCCGUGCGAGUUCAAUGUCUGGACCCGAGAAGCUGGUGCUGGUUCAUUGGCCAUAUCCGUUGAGGGACCAAGCAAAGCCGAAAUCGACUUUAAGGACCGCAGAGAUGGCUCUUGCUAUGUCAGCUAUGUUGUCACAGAACCAGGUGAAUACAGAGUUGGCAUCAAGUUCAAUGACCAACACAUCCCAGACUCACCUUACAAGUUGUUCAUCUCACCUGCCAUGGGUGACGCUCAUAAAUUAGAAGUUGCUCAGUUCCCCGUUUCGGGAGUACAAGUUGAUAAGCCAACUCAGUUUCUAGUCCGCAAGAAUGGAGCCAAAGGUGAACUUGAUGCAAGAGUUGUCGCUCCAUCUGGAACAGACGAUGACUGUUUCAUCCAAGCAAUUGACCCGGACACAUACUCCAUCAGGUUUAUGCCAAGAGAAAACGGCAUCCACAAUAUCCAUGUUAAGUUCAAUGGCGUACACAUACCUGGCUCGCCAUUCCGCAUCAAAGUCGGAAAGGAAGACGCAGACCCAGCAGCUGUGCAUGCGACAGGAAAUGGAUUGGGUGAUAUCAAAACAGGCCAGAAAACAGACUUUAUUGUAGACACAUGCAAUGCUGGAGCUGGAACACUAGCUGUAACAAUUGAUGGACCUAGCAAGGUCUCAAUGGACUGUACAGAAGUCGAAGAAGGUUACAAAGUUAGGUACACACCCCUUGUUCCAGGAGAUUAUUACAUAAGUCUAAAAUACAAUGGAUACCACAUCGCAGGAUCUCCUUUCAAAGUAAACUGCACAGGUGAGGAUCUGGCCGAAAGAGGCGCGCAGGAAACAUCUUCAGUCGUUGUUGAAACUGUACACAAAGUAUCAAAGAGUAGGGCAGCUGGUCCAGUCAUCCCUAUUUUCAAAUCAGAUGCUAGCAAAGUCACAUCCAAAGGCAUGGGUCUGAAGAAAGCUUUCUUAGCCAAACAAAAUAUGUUCACAGUUCAUGCUGGAGAUGCAGGAAGCAACAUCCUUUAUGUUGGUAUUUACGGACCAAAAGGUCCUUGCGAAGAAGUCUACAUCAAACACACAGGUCAGAACAACUAUCAAGUCAAUUACCGGGUAAGAGAAAGGGGAGACUACAUACUGAUCAUCAAAUGGGGUGAUGAACACAUCCCGGGCUCUCCGUUCAAGGUCGAUGUCUAAGCAAUGGUGAAGACUGCUCAAACUCUUUGUAACAAGAUUUUACAUACCACUUUCUGAAGAAUGUACAAAAGAUCAAGAAAUGUAAAAAUAGUUCUUUAAGACGUAAGUAAGAAGUCUUUACCCUCAGCCAGUGAAAAUGAGAUCCACUCAAAUGUAUGAACGCUUGGUUUCUGUUGAUAUUAUUACUUUCACAGAAUAGUUUUUUAAAAGUUAGGUUGAAAAGGGAUGCUAUUAAAGAUUUUGUGUCCAACAUUCUAAGAGGAACUUCAUUACUCUCUUGCUCAUUAUCGUUCUUUUUCAAACCUGCUUUUGAACUUGUGUUUUUUUCCGUUAUGAGAACAUAAUCAGGUGCCUUAAGAAGCUCAUUUACAGUGAAAUUGGAAUAUUUUGAAUCUCAAUUUGUGCCUUAAUUUUUUGUCAUGCUUUAUUUUUUCAAUGGAAAAAUAAUGAACACUGCAUGUGCCUUAAAAAUUCCCUGAUUCUUUUCUCACUGUGCAAAGAAUUUUAGUGAACAUUUGAAGCAAUGAGGUUAAAUUUUUUUCCUUUUUGAAGAAUCAAUUAUGGACAAAAAUUUAGAACCUCUGCAAUCAAAAUGUUAUUUCUAAUGUGGCCAUUGACUUGAGGAUAGUGAAAGUUGAGAAACUUGUAUUUUGAUUUGGGUUGUUGCAAAUCAUCUUUCACAUUUUAUUUUCUUCAGUAACUUCUGGUUUAGAGAAAACAACCAUCAUUAUUCCAUAAAACUUUGUGUGGUUCAUCUUUGCUCCAUCAAAAUAAUCAUUGGGAAAUUUCUUCUAAAAAUGCUGAUCCGCCACAUUUUUUUAAAGUAUUACGCAAGUUGAAAUUUUGAAAUAUCCCAAUCUUGGAGUUACAUGUUUUUUUACGCCACCAUCAAUAAUUAUGUAUUUCAUCUAAAGCGUAAAACUCUUGAAAAAUAUAUUUUAAUAUAUAAUAAAUAAUGGCAUGAUGAGUUUCUUUUAAUCUUUUUGCUCAGUCUUUAUAAGCAAUUUUAUAAGAAUUUUUAAAGUUAAGUUGUGAACUACUUGUAUCCACUGUCAAGGGCAGGCCCGUAUUUGUCUCAAAACCUAGGUAUGCUCUAGAAAGAACAUUUUUUCUAAUCGGCCUUGCAGCCCUGUUCACUUCUUGAAACACCCACAAUCAUGUAUAUUUUCCCCCAUGAAUUUUGAUCAUCAUGAUUAAAAAUUUUAUCCCGUGCAAUAAAUUUUAAAGAUUUAAGAAUUUUACCUCUACCUAGUAAAAUUUCAAUGGUCUUAAAUUGAUUCAAACUAAGUAAUGUGCGAGUUUACAAAAAUAGUGCUUAGUCAAAAUAAGUAUCAUUAUAGUGAAAAUGAUUCUCAUGCGAAAUUUUAAACCCACCUUUUGAUGCACAAAUUUAAACAUGACAAGCCUUGUUGUUGAAUCAGCCAUUUUUUUUGAAAUUGCUUUAUUCAUUCUUUUUUCUUCUCCAGCUUAUUCUUCGGUUUUUGUUGUUUUCAUGCAAGCUCCGAAUCAAAUUUUAUUAUCAAAGUAAGCUAAGUUUUUAUGUAAGCCUGAAGAUGUAUGUGCCUUAUUGCAAAAAGCAUAAUAUUUAUCAAUUUUUGAUCAAUUUUAAUCAGCUCUUUUCAUAAUUGACAUGAGCCAGUUUUGAUUAAAGUUAGGUUAAGAUUUCUUCAUAAUUGCCUUGAAAUCAGUUUUAUUCUUUUUACAUUUUAGUCAUUCAUUGAAUCACUGUUUCUUUGAGAGUCCCUCAUCAAAAAUUAUCGUUCAUUAAUUACAUAUUAAGUUUCUCUUUUUUUGUUAUCUUUUUAUUGUUAUUUAUGUUUCUUUUUAAUAAGUUGUUAAAAUAUUUAUUUUUCAUCCUUUUAGUAAAGAUUUUGUAAAAUUCAUUGCCAUUUAACAUGCUUCAAAAAGUUAUAUAUUUUCUGUAUAAAUAUUAGUCAUCCCUUUUUUAAUAUAUUUCAGACGUAUAAUGUUUCUCCUUUAUCCUUUCAUCUUUUCAUCAUAAAAAUGCUCGUCAUUUUUUAUUCUUCUUUAUUUUCAGUCCAUCAAUGUCAUUGAACUUUUUCUACUCACAUAAUUUUUAUGUUUGCUCACCUUCAUAUCAAACAUCAAUAAAGACUCAUUUCAAGAA